UCGUAAACAUUAUUAUUGCGUCGGUCCCGCCCAUACAUUCCUGAUGCGAUUCACAAUUGAUCAUAUAAUAAAAUUGAACAAGAAACUAAGCAAAGAUGGCCGUUGUGGCAGACACACAGAGAGCAGUGAGUGUCCUGCAGGGUCUCCAGGGGCGACUGAUGGCAGCAGGAGAACCUGAACUAGGUGAACAGUUUGCCUCUAUGAUAGACCUCCUAGCCAGUCCUUCCUUCAGACACCUCCUCAACCUUCAGCAGUCUGUACGGGAGCUCAAACACCAUCUUGAAAAUGGUCCUCCAGGACAAACUGUUGAGGACUUCAGCUUCACCCGUGAAGGACAGCUGGUUGUGCCUGAUCUGGAUUCUGACCAGGAACCUGAGCAGCCAUACCGAGUCUCGAUUGGUCCUCAGCAUCCGUACGCCUUUGAGAAUAAGGUGUUCGAAGGGGAUGAGGGUGUCAUCAAGAAGAAUAACGUUGCGCCCGUUGCUUCCGCUCCACUUCCUCAGAGUGACGAUGAAGAUGAUUCAGACGACCAGGAUGAACUGAUGAAGAGUAGAUCCAUUCCUCUCGAAAAAGCUAAUGAAGACUUAGAACAGGCUCUGAGAGAACUAGCCCUCGGUAGAGAGGUGUUGAGCAUAGAAUUGUUGAAGUCUGAAGGUCGAGGGCUUGGAUUCAGUGUGGUAGGACUCAAGAGCGAGAAUCAAGGAGAGUUGGGGAUCUUUGUGCAGCAGAUACAGAAGAAUGGUGUUGCAGCAAGAGACGGCAAUCUCCAAGAGAGUGACCAGAUUCUAGCCAUCAACGGUGCUCUCGUUGACUCCAGUGUGUCCCACAAACAAGCCAUUGGGAUGCUCCAGAAGGUCAAAGACAAGGUCCACCUGAUCGUGGCCCGAGGGGGGCUCCACAUCCCCACCCCGUCCAAGGCGGAGUCCUCGAGCCCGCCCGGUCGUUCAACGGUGGCCCACGAGCAGAAUGACCUUAGUGGGAUGGGGGAGCGUGGCCUGGGGAUGGAAGAGCCUGGUAUGCAGGCAGCCAUGAUGGGUGUGGCAGGGGGCGUGGCAUCUCCAGGAACCAAUCAGGAGUUGAUGAUGCAGCUAGAUCAAGAACCAGAUGAUUAUGGUCAAGGACAGGCUUCAGGAGAGCUUGACCAGUCACUUGCCCCCAACAUCGAGGUCAUUGACCUUUACAACAAGGGUUCUGGUCUUGGUUUCGGUAUUGUCGGUGUACGUGAUAUCGGUAUCGUCGUCAAAACUAUCGUACCGGGUGGAGCUGCUGAAGAGGAUGGACGUCUUCAGAGUGGCGACAUCAUCCUGCGUAUCGGUGAGACAGACCUCGAAGGGAUGAACAGCGACCAGGUAGCGUCCGUCCUCCGUCAAUCCGGGAGCCAUGUUCAGCUUGUGGUGGCCCGAGGAGCGCUUCCUGUCGUCCAACCCUCUCCAGCCCCGCCCAUGGAGCCAGAGGUGGAGGGGAGGGUUGAAGAGGGUACUAGACUACCCCCUCAGGGACUGGACCUGCUUGGACAGGGUCAGAUGGAACAAGAUCCUCUUCCGGUCUCGCCUCCGCCUAACUUGUCAGAGCUAACCUCUGGUGUAGAUCAUGGUGAGGUGUUUGAGGUCCAGCUCGCCAAAGGAAACCAAGGACUUGGGCUCUCUAUUGCAGGCUUCAUCAAGAAGACACCUGAUGGUGGAGAAACUUCAGGAAUCUUUGUGAAGAAGAUUGCAGAGGGGAGUGCUGCCGAUAUGUCAGGCAACAUCCAUGUUGGUGAUCAGAUUAUAGAGGUUGAUGGAGUUAACGUGCAGGGAUAUGACAACAAAGCUGCUGUAGAUCUCCUACGUCAGACCGGUGCGGUGGUGAUGCUUAGGCUUGUCAGGUUCCCGCCGGAACAACCACAAUUAGAGGAACCGACUCAACAAGCCCAUGCAGCACCCUUGCCUGACCUUACACCACCCUCUCUCCAUGACGACAUCGUUGUACCGGAGGAUACCAUAGCCGUGGCAUCGUCCCCAUUCAGUGAAGAAGACAGCGCAGAGUUCCCGCAAGAGGUGGAGCAGAGUUUUGAGGGUGAAUUAAGUCCAGAGGAGGAGAUAGCAAUCAUGGCUCUGUGGCAAGGCUUACUAGGACUAGAGAAAGACAUUGUGAUUGCUCAGCUGUCCAAGUUCCAUGAGGGUGGUAGUCUUGGUAUCAGUCUUGAAGGAACGGUGGACAUUGAUGAGAAUGGUCAAGAAGUCCAGCCCCACCAUUAUAUCCGUUCCAUCCAACCCGAGGGUCCGGUCGGUCAGAAUGGACUCCUUGCCAGCGGGGAUGAACUACUAGAGGUGAACGGCACCCGUCUGCUAGGGUUGAACCACGAGGCAGUCGUCACGAUCCUCAAGGAUCUACCCCAACACGUCCGUCUGGUCUGCGCCCGCUCUGCCGAUUCUGUCUUCCCUCAGACCGUGAUGUCGGACGAGAGCCUGCCAUCUAUGGAGAAUCCGAUCAGUGAUGAUGACGGUAUCAAGCUUCCUGAUAUCAGCCUUGGUGGAAGCGCUGAACCGGUGGAGGAGCAGGUAUCUCUCAAUGUAUCUGCAGGGAUGGAGAUGACUACCCCCAUGCUGCCUGCGCUGGAUGACAGCGGAAGUCCCUUAGAAUACAGCAUACAGACUGAAGCUAGUCAAGAGAAGGAUUCUAUGUGGAGUGAUGAUAUUCAAUACAUCGAGCUUGAGAAAGGAGAUAGAGGACUCGGUUUCAGUAUCCUUGACUAUCAGGAUCCUGACAACCCUGUAGCAUCGGUCAUCGUCAUCCGAUCCCUCGUACCGGGCGGUGUCGCGGAACAAAAUGGCCGCCUCAUUCCCGGAGACAGGCUUGUCUCGGUCAACGAGUCCAAUCUCGAGAACUGCACUCUCGAUGCAGCCGUGCAAGUCUUGAAGGGCGCCCCCAGGGGCUUGGUUACCAUUGGUGUGGCCAAGCCUGCCGCUGGGAUGGAGAGCGAGGAGACCCAGAUCGUAAGUGCCACGCCCGCCAUGGUGCAGGAGUCCCCACCCCCUAUGUCUACCACCACGCCCAUGCUACCGGACGUUGAUAUCUCGCCCCUAGCGGCCGGGAUAAUGGCCAAGGAAGCGAUGGAGGAAGCGGAGAGGGAGAUAGCGGAGGCCGAGAGGGAGAUGGAGACGGAAAUGGAGGUCAAACCAAUUUCUGUUGAAGUUCCUACAGAACCAGCAAUAGUGGCAGCAGAGGUUUCAGUAUCCCACAGUGCUCCACCAGCACCCCAAACACCGGACACCCAAACACCAACCAUGCCCCCUGAUCUGGUGUCGUCUAUCACAGUGUCAGACAGCCCAAAACCUGAAGCACCAGUGUCCUCAACACCUCCACCAGUCAGUGUUGGUGUUAGUGGAACAGUAGCCAAAGAAGAGCCCUCUGCACCAGCCACCCCUCCCCACCCCAAGCGCACCCCACCCAAGCCCCCUCCAAAGCCCAUCCUCCGCCAGAACCGGUUUGCUACCAGUCCCUCCUCCUCCCCCCGCUCUUCUCCCCGCUCCACCUCCGCUUCUCUCCUUGGACCUAGAGGGUAUUCCCCGCCAGGCUCCAAGGGGUUUUCCCCUUCCAGUACAUUUAGCUCCAGUGCUACAAUCACUCUCUCCCAUCACCGACAGGCGUCACUCGAGGAGCGUAGCUCCGACGAACGCGUGGCUAAGAUGGUACCGAUGAGGUCAACACCACCCAUUGGUAGGAGGAAGUCUUCUAAUGUGGUCCUGCCUCCAACCCUGGAAGAAACCAUUGUCUUGAAGAAAACAAAUGCAGGUCUAGGUUUGACGGUCAGUGCGGACAAGGCCAACGGGGUGGUCAUCAAGUCUAUAAUCCGUGGUGGGUGUGUCCAGCAGGACGGGCGCCUCUCAAUGGGUGAUUACAUCACUGGAGUGAAUGGAGAGAGCAUGCGUAACCUCAGCAACAACACGGCCAGGGGGGUCCUAAGGCGGAGCUUCCUGCAGGGAACCGAUAUCACCGUGACGUACAUCCCAGCUACCAAGGCAGCUAGUCUGUUAGAGUCAUCUUAUGGUUCCCCCAUGGGUACCCCGCCCCUGAGAACAUCUCGGUCAUCCAGCAUCGUCAGAUCAACAGAUAGUAGUCCAUCUGUCACUCCAAAUUCCAGUAUGGACAUUACCAUGACAACCCCUCCGAGCAUGACUCCGCCCACCGAGACCACACCCUCAGAGGAGAGCGAGUGGGGAGAUGUGAAGACGGUCACCGUUACUAAGGAACCAGGGCGGAGUCUAGGUAUCAGCAUAGUGGGAGGACGUGCAGGAGGAGAUGGGCAGGUUGUUCAAGGUAUCUUCAUCAAACAUGUUCUUGAGAGCAGCCCAGCAUGGAAAACGGGACAACUCAAAACAGGGGACAGGAUUCUAGAGGUCAAUGGCUGUGACCUUCGAGAAGCGACCCAUGAUCAAGCAGUGGCCGUCAUCCGCAACGCCUCAAACCCGAUGCAUUUCCAAGUCCAGAGUCUUCGAGUCGGCUCGCCAGCGGCAAUCAUGGAGGAUGAUGUCCCAGACAGUGGGAGUGUUGUUGCCAUGGCGACUGUUGUACAAGCAGGAGCAGAAUCCGACGAUAAUUUGGAUGCACCAGAUGAGAGAAGGGAAGUUGAUGGAGAGAGCGACAGUGAAUCUGAAGAUGAGUUUGGAUAUACCUGGAAGAAACUUAGCCAGCGAUAUAAUGAUUUAGAUGGAGAGUUGCAUGUGAUUGAACUAAACAAAGGAGAUCGAGGAUUGGGCCUCAGUCUUGCUGGGAAUAAGGACAGGAGUAAGACGAGUGUGUUUGUAGUGGGUGUUAACCCUUCAGGCGCUGCUGGGAAUGAUGGAAGGAUACUUAUUGGAGAUGAGGUGUUAGAGAUCAACGGUAUCAAGGUAUAUGGUCACUCCCAUCAGAAUGCAUCUAGUAUCAUCGGUGGUCUUGCUCCUGGUAUGGUCAAGGUGGUCAUCGUCAGGAAUUCAGAGUCCCUGAAUCAGCUCGCUGUACCACCGGUCAUCUACCCCAAUCAGACUUCUAUGCCAACCAUCCUAAAGAAACAAGAGGCUGUCGAUCAGGCCGAUAGCGGCGCGGCACCUGUCCAUUCCGUUCCAGAGCCAGACCCAGUGAAACCGACCCCUACGCCGGAAGAUUACCCCAACGUGAAGCACAUCACUCUCCAGAAAGGACCCAGAGGCCUGGGCUUUGCUAUCUUUGAGAAUCAGGAUGAGAAGGGUCUCUCCGGUAUCUUUGUGAAGGAUGUCACCAUGGGUGGACCAGCUGCGAUGGAGGGCAAUCUGAAGGUGGGCGAUCAGAUUCUCGCCGUCAACGACAAAUCGGUCAUCGGCCUCUCCAAGCUCAGCGCCAUCAGCGUCCUGAAAGACACCAGGGGAUCCGUCGCCCUCACAGUCAGCGCUGCUAAACCCGUUUCGUCCCCGCAGUCCCCUCAGAAGAACCUCUUCCCUACGCUAGACCUGGGUGGUGGGGUCGAAGGGGGUGUGUCCAUCUCUGCCACUGCCCAACCAGAUGUGUUCGCGGGGGCGCCGAUUAGAAGCCAGAUUGGACAUGCCAACUUCUUUCCAGCUCUUGAUAAUGAUGAAGAGCCCAACUCAUUUAGUGCCUCUACUACUAUUAACUACCAACAUUCUACCAACUCGGACACAUUCUUCCCUCCCUUGGAUGACCUAGAGGUAACAGAGUUAUCAUCACCUAAUUCAAGCUUUGAUUCUACUAACAAUCUUAACAGUACUGUUAUUCCUGCCAAGCCUUCCGUAGAGCUAAGGUCGGAUGUCUCUCCGACCUCUGACCCCUUGACCUGUCCUGUGGUCAAAGGUCACAAGACACUGAUAGUCGUGGAUAGAGGUCAUGACAAAGGACUCGGGAUCAGCCUUAUUGGUGGAGCAGAUAAACAACCGGCCACCAUCAUGAUUCAGAACAUCAAACCUGAUGGAGCUGUGGCUAAAGAUGGCCGCCUUCAAUCUGGUGAUCAGAUCCUUGAGGUGGAUGGAUUGGAUUUUAAGAACAUCAGCCAUGAGGCUGCCCUCAACGUUCUCCGACAUACAACUUCUAAGGUUCGAAUGCUGGUGCUUCGGGAAGACCCCGUCGCUGCUGCUCCAAACCAGGGAGAUCAAGAACCAGAGGAAGGGGAGGAGGUCUUUACAGUGGUCCUACACCAACCUGCAGGACAAAGUCUUGGUCUUAGCAUCGCUGGAAAGGGAGGAGCCCUCUACAUUUCAGACAUUGCUCCGAACAGCGUGGCUGAUUCCAAUAGUCAGUUAAUGAGAGGUGACCAGAUCAUCGCUGUCAAUGGUCGAGCGGUCAAGAACAUACCACAGGAAGCUCUGGCCACACUUCGACAGAAUGCAGAGGGUGAUGUUAGCCUGAAGAUCUCCCGUAGGAAGGACGGUGGAGGAUCUCGACUGAGUAUGACUUCGUUUGAGACCGUCGUCACUGCCCAACCUAUCACUGUCGAGCAAUCACCAAGCCCAGGUGGUGCAGAGAGCAGAAGAGCUGAUUACAUCCAGGCCCAGGAAUCCUUUGGAUCUAGUACUGAAAUAAUCUCUGAAGAAGAAGAAGAAACAUCUUCAAGUUCUGGUGUCAAGACGGUUACCCUGGAAAGAGGACCGGAUGGUCUUGGAUUCAGUAUCGUCGGGGGAUACGGAAGUCCCCAUGGCAACCUGCCUAUCUACAUCAAGACGGUCUUCGAUCGCGGAGCCGCAGCCGUCGCCAAGCAACUCAAACGCGGCGAUCAAAUUCUGGCUGUCAACGGAGAGUCACUCGAGGGCGCCACACACCAAGCCGCGGUGAAUCUCUUGAAGAAGGCUCGUGGUCAGGUCAUUCUAACAGUGGUCACUUGAUUGAGUUUUGACCUUUGACCCAAAAUCAUUGAACUGUGGUGUGUUUUCGUGAUUGAUUGAAUGGUUUAUCCUAUUGCACACAUUCCUAUCUUGGGAUCUUGGGAUAAAAUAAUGUAUGCUUCAGUGUUAGGAUGUCACGUAUCAUGCCAUGCAGUAAGAUUUUAUCAGAAUCAUUAAAGAAAUGUCUCUUUUAAAAGUUAAAAACAGUUGUCAAACUACCUGCAAUUUUUAUUUUAACAAGAACUAUGUCGUGCAGCCACUAUUUCCUCCCAUUAUUCUUUGCAUUUUGUGAGAAAGUAGGGCUUUUGCCAUUUGAUUGUUUGAAACUACAAUAUUCAUUUCUUCAUCAGAUACUUCAUUUGAUUUCAGGUUGGCAGAUACUCCAUUUACAACCCUUAUAUUGACAGAUAAUGCUAAGCUUCAACAAUGUAAUUGUUUUUUUUUUUUUAGUGUACAAAGUAUAUAAAAUGAGAGGGCUAAAAGUGGAUUAUUAAAAGAGAAAAUGUAGAUGGGUAAAUUUGUUCCUAACCAGUACUAAAAAUAUAUUGCCUAUGAUUGUAUUCGUCAUAUAUCAUUCAUCUGCUGUAGUUUUAUUUGGUAUUCAUGCUUUAUCUUAUGUUCUAAGAGGGGGUUUCAAUAAAAUCAUAACAAGUCAGAAUUAGCAUCAUUGCCAUUGUAUAAACCGAUAGAUUGUGUAAAAAAAAAAUUAUAAAACGUCCUACCCCUUUCCCCAUAUUAUGGUCUGCGUGGGAUUAUUGCCUUGAUGGUCGAUAUCAUCUCAUGUUUAUAUAUUUAUUAUUUGUAGCAUAUGUAUUCCCUCAUGUAUAGUUCACCCAUAUAUAGCAUUAAAAAGUCACUAGCCUGUUGUUUCUUAGUCGACUUAAGCAGUGAUUAUUGCAAUCACAUCAACCACAUUAAACAAGCAAGAAAAAUUUAUUUUCUUUUUUUAAAUAUCUUUAUUUCAAUUAACUUUUAGAAAUUUAACAAAUUAUACUAAGAAAUGUGAGGAUUCCAUGAUUAAAUUAAAUGUGCUCUCAACCCAUUCGUUACCCUAUUUCAGUACCUUAUAACAGAAGUUUGUACACAGAUUGAUAAUAAGAGAAUGUUCAUGAAAUAUAAAAUGAAAUGUGUGAAUUUAGUAUUUAAAAUUCUAACUUUAUUAUGUGGGGGUGCACUUAAUGAUUUAAUAUCCAUCUAUGCACAUUUUUGUGAAAUUCAAAUUCCUGUAAUAUCAUCUUGACAUUAUAAAGCAAACUGUAUUCAAAAUUAUUUAUUUCCCCCUGGAUGUAUUAUGUAUUAAGAGGUACCAGCUGCUGACUUCACUGUACUGUAUAGAAUUCCAUAGAUCUAAUCAUUGAUACUAAAAUGGUGUUGGUUUUAUUUGGUUAACAUAUUGAAAUCCUUGAAAGAAUAGAUACUUGAUUGUAAACUUUAAAAAAUUAUGGAAACAUAUGAGAUAUGAAGAUAUACCAAUUUGAUCCUAAGGAAAAUACUUUCUGAACCAGUAUUUUUAAAUAUUUAGAAUACUUUUAACAGUCGGUUCUUUUAAAAAAUCAAGUCCACCACAGCAAAAAUCUGAGUUGAAUCAAAUAGAGAAAACUCACACAAGUUUUUCAUAAGAAUAAGAAAGUUAUGGUUUUUUUAAAUACAGUUUGCACUUUGUAAACAGUGCUAUGCACAUAAUUGGUGGUUGGCAUUUAUAUAGCGCUUUAUCAAUCUACGACUGUUCAAAGCGCUUCACAAUUAUUAUUACCCGGUCACUGGAUUCAUAGCAUUCCAAGCAGCCUGUUAGGCGCAAACUUGCUAAACCAACCACAAUGACGGUUGUUUCCUACCGGUACCCAAUUAGCACUUGGGUGAGAGUGGCAAAGUGUGGAUUGAUGCCUUGCCAAAGGGCGCUAGGCCAUGGUGGGAUUUGAACACACGACCCUCUGAUUACAAGGCGAGAGUCAGAACCGCUACACCACAGCGCUUCCGCAAAUAUGCAAAUGAUGUAGUGAAUGGUCUUUGGUUUGGUUGACUUGGCCUUUUAACAUCUGUUUCAAAUUCCUUGUCUGAAUAGCCAUAACCUACCUGAGCAUAUAAUUUCUUUUCUUUGUUGUUGGAUAAUGAACAAUUGUAAGAAGUUAUCUUUUCAUAUGAAUAUGGCAUCUUGAUAUGAAUGGACUCUCUUUGUUAUAUACUCCUAAUGUUAUGCCCCCGUUCCACUAUGCUGAUGUUGCUACGAUAUGACAAAUUUUCAGAUCGGGUAGGAUCGGGGAUAAAAGGGGUCGCUUUACCAGGAGUCAGCGGAAUAUAUUUUGCAGUAGUUAGUUUUCCAAAAGAACGGUGGAUUCAUUACGUCUGCUUGUCGCUGUUAGUACGCCAGUUAAGACUUGAUAAUGCUCGUCCCACGACUGUGCACCAUGUUGCUUACGUUUUUUCCUGCGUCUCCUACAAGUAAAAAUGUGUGUUUUUUAUGGGGAAGAUGAAAUCGGCAUGAAAUUUUUAACAUGUUAAAAUAAUUGAGCCGAUCUCGCUGAUCUGAAUAUUAGGCCCGCUAUUACCCGUCAUCACAAUGUUGUUUUUGCACUGCCCCCGAUUUCAACCGAUCCCUAUCCUGCUCACCGCCGAUCUAAUGAUCAGGACGGAUUGGGGUUUCAGAUCGUGAUAGUGGAACGGGGGCUUUAUCCUUUGUCAGUAAUAUGGUCAUCGAUGAUAUAUAACCCACAAUUCGAUUCUAAUGAAGUGCCUUGAUUGAAUAGCCACUAUGUUUACACCGAUAUAAAUCAUAGAGAUGGAUAUAUAUUUUGUUGUCAAUAAUAUUUUUUAUUCUUUUCACAUUUUAUCGUUAUACAUAUAUCAUGCAAAUGAAUUAAAGUACUUAGUCGCAUAUCCUUAA